AUGGCAGAUAUUGCAAGAGAGAUGGAAGACUUCAAGGCAGCAAACCGGACGUUUGGUGGUUCAUCAAAUCAACCAUCAUUGCAUCGCGGUUCAGCACCGGCUCCUCCUCCUCAACCUAUCUGUCUAUCGACACCAUCGACAUGCAAGGACAUGGACAAAUAUAGUAGGAGUUACUAUAAUUGUAAUAAGUCCAACGUGACAUGGGGCGAUAGAGAUUCUGAAUUGAAGAGGCAACGUCGUGUGCUGAAGUACAAGUCCUAUGCUGUUGAAACAAGAUUAAAAUCGUCGUUGGUGAAUGGGUUUCGUUGGAUGAAGAACAAGUAUUGCGCUAUUGUUCAUGGCUACUAG